AUGAUCGGAACAUACGUUUGUCUCAGCUACACCUGGGGCCCAAGCAACAGCUACGUGACGACCCCCUCGACGUACCGAGCCAAUUUGGAUGGUAUUAACUACAAUUCCCUCCCUCGGACCUACAAAGACACCAUCACAGUGACAACCAUUCUGGGGAUCCCAUUUUUAUGGAUAGACGGCCUCUGCAUCAUACAAGGAGACGAAGGCUCAGCUGACUGGAAGGAGCAGUCAUCUCAGAUGGCCGAUAUCUACGCCAACGCCAUCCUGGUCAUCGCAGCUGCGAAUAGUACCAGUGUGGAAGACGGCUUUCUCAAUGCAUCACAAGACACUCGAAACAUCAUUUCGUUCGAGAGUGAGACUCAUGCCGAUGGUAACAGUCAGUCCGGCAUGACCGUACACGCUCGCCCGAUGCUGGAUCACAGCUGGCUCGGCUGGUCCACCCUCGCCGAACCCAAAAGCGAGGGGACCCUAAGCCGCAGCUGGUGCUUCCAAGAAGAAGUCCUCGCGGCCCGCCUCCUCACUUUCUACGGCGGCGAGAUGAACUUCCAGUGUCUUGGAGACGUGUACAGCUGCGAGUGCGGUUUCCCUGCUGAAGCCCUCGGACUGGUCACCAUCAAAGAGCUAUACGAGCCGCGCCUGAGCCUGGGCGACUAUGAGACUCCGAACUGGAUGUGGCAGAGCACCGUGGAACACUACACGCGACGGAAGCUCACGGUGGGGACCGAUAGGCUGACAGCGCUGUCGGGCGUGGUCCGGAUCAUGCAAUCGGCUUUGAAGACGCGGUAUAUCGCCGGCCACUGGUGGGAUCGAGACUUUCUCUGCAGCUUGUGCUGGAUGCCCGUGAGGAACGAGGAGACUGAGGGACGGCUGACGGAUGAUUAUGUGGCGCCAUCGUGGUCUUGGGCCGCGCAUAAUGGGCCUGUCACCAUGUGGAUUCCGUACGGCGAUUCGAAAGACCAGCAGUCUCCUCGAUUUCUUGGGGACACCAUUGUCAAGGACGUGAGGAUGUACCACUCGACGUCAGAUGCCACCGGCGCGGUGGCGGGUGGGUUUAUCACCGUCCGAGGUGUUUUCCUCCCGGUGCGGAUCAAGAUCACUUCAGUUGAGCGGUCCACGGCAGUGAUGAGCAGAAAUAAUGUAGACAUCCCGUUCUACUUCGACCGCCCCGUUGGUUCGGCAAAUCUUUCGGGUAUGUUCUUCUGCUGGGUCGUGUGCUGCCUCCCCACGGUUUCUCUGGGUCGAGGGCAGCAGUCCGAGGCUUACUGUUUGAUGUUUCUACGAAGCAAGCCGGAAGGUGUUUGUGAGCGGAUCGGGUUCACUGAUCAUGAAGCGGCCGCCACGGACAAGUCCAUGGUAUUCUUCCAAGGGUACAGGAAAGCAAUACGAGUCGCAACGAUAGUCUAG